AUGUUAAAUAAAUCGUUCCUCACCCGUCUAUAUGCUCUAGUUUUCACAUAUUUAUGUAAAUAUGUCAUAAUUGGAAUAGAUAGUUCUGGAGAAAAUUCUAAAAAAUACGAAUAUUCACACCUUAACGAAAAUUGUCAUAUAUUAGAUGAAAAAUUAUUACAAAGCAUCUUUGACCAUAUAGAAAGUAACGAAGCUCAUUAUAUCAAAGAGUUAUCAGAAGCUGUAAAAUUUCCUAGUGUUUCUGCAUUCCCCGAAGAUUACCCAGAGCUCUUACAUGUGGUUGAAUGGUCUCAAAAAAUGUUUAGAAACAUGGGCUUCAGAUCCGAUAUCAAAUUUAUAAAUUAUAAAAUCAAACAGUAUAAGAGAAGAAGGGAGAAUCCUCACAAACAUACAAACAAAUAUCGUCAUAGACGAGACUUACUGAUUGAAACUUUCGGACCUCCAUUUCUAUUCAACACUUUACCUCAAUCGAAAUCUUCUCCUUCCAAUAACAUAUCUCUUCUUAUAUACGGCCAUUUGGACGUAGUGCCGGCUCGUAGAUCCGAUGGCUGGAAAUCUGAUCCAUUUGUAUUGACCAGAGUAGGCGAUAAUCUUUACGGGAGAGGUUCAAGUGAUAACAAAGGGCCAAUCCUAGCUUGGAUAAAUGCUAUUAGAGCUAUGAUUGAUCUUAAAAUUUGUAUACCAAUGAAAAUAAAGUUCUUUCUGGAAACAGCCGAAGAAUCUGGAUCGUUCGGUUUAAGGAGAAUAUUUAAGCAAGAGAAACGUUUUUUCAAAAAUAUAGACUACGCCGUGAUAUCUGAUAAUUUUUGCCCUAACGUGAAAAAUCCUUGUUUAACUUAUGGACUUAGGGGCUUACUCUAUUUUUACGUGCAAAUUCAGAGCGCAAAAGAAGAUUUACAUUCAGGCGUAUAUGGAGGUUCCGUUCAUGAAUCAACAAUUCAGCUAGUGGAAAUUUUAUCUAAAUUGAGCAAUGUAACAACCGGCCAAAUAACAAUUCCAGGAGUUUAUGAUGAUAUUGAUCCUUUGACUGCCGAUGAAAUCAAUGCAUACUCAAAUUUCGAUUUCAAUAUGGAAGAUUACAAAAAGAAUGUAGGAUCUUUAGGCUACCUAUUGCAUUCCUCUAAAAUAGAUGCGCUUUCACAUAAAUGGAGGGAGCCAUCGUUGAGUAUACACGGCAUAGAAGGAGCUUUUUCUGGGCCUGGUGCCAAAACUGUUAUACCCCACAAGGUUAUAGGCAAGUUUUCAAUAAGGCUUGUUCCUCAUCAAGACCCUCAAAAGGUAAAGAAUAAUGUUAUCGAGUAUAUAACUAAGUUACAUAAACAACAUAACACUGGAAAUUCUCUUAAUAUUGUAAUUGAAGAGGAGGUUGAAUCAUGGCUUACAAACUAUAAGAAUAAUAAUUUCCAAUUGGCAUCUGAAGCUAUUAAAAGGGUAUAUGGAAGAUAUCCGGAUUUAACAAGAGAUGGCGGUACAGUUCCAGCUGCUGUGUACUUAUCUAAAUAUCUAAAAGAUCCAAAUAAUAGUUUAAUACUAAUGCCCCUAUCAUACGCAGCAGAUGGAGCUCAUUCCGAAAAUGAACAUAUCAAUAUUAAUCGUCAUAUUAUGGGUAUAAAAAGUUUAGUUUCCUAUAUAUACGAACUAGCCAAACAUCAUUCUCUUCUCGAUCAAUCUAACUAA